AUGGAAUGGAUCAUUCUUCUUCGUGUACAGGAACCAUCUGCUCCGGUUCCAAAAAAGACUACGGUUUUUGAGCAUCAUGACGGUGAAUGGAGGAAGUCGAAGGCAAGAGACAUCAGACCAAUUUCGACAGUCAUCAUGGAUGAGGACGAGAAAACGGCCGUACUGAAGGAUAUCGAGGGUUUCCUGGACGAGCGAGCCCGCGGCUGGUACGCAAGGCGCGGGAUUCCCUAUCGAAGAGGGUUCCUGCUCUAUGGGCCUCCUGGAACUGGGAAGUCCAGUUUCAGCUUAUCUGUGGCCGGGCGUUUUGAACUGGAUAUCUAUGUUCUCAAUCUUUCGAGCAUCGACGACAGCCGCCUGAACAGUUUGUUUGCCCAGCUUCCCCCGCAUUGUGUCAUUCUUUUAGAAGAUAUCGAUGCUGCUGGCACGUCGCGAACGGAAGUCAGUGAAACGACAGAAAACGCCAGCCAGGGCGUGGCAGGCCCUUCGCAGAAGAGGAAGUCCCAGGGAAAUGUAUCUCUGUCCGCUCUUCUUAAUGCCCUGGACGGUGUAUCUUCGCAGGAAGGUCGAUUGCUGAUCAUGACAACAAAUCACAUCGAGCGUCUGGAUGACGCACUCAUCCGCCCUGGCCGCGUGGACAGAAAGGUUUUGUUUCAGCUCGCUGAUGAGAAGAUGAGUUCCCGUCUUUUCUGCACGGUUUUCAAGCGGUCGGAUGAGGAUGACAGCAACCCAGAAAAGAAGACCGAUGCAGAGAAGAAGACAGAUGAUGAAAAAAUUGACCGACUUGCGCGUGAGUUUGCCGCCAAGAUACCAGACUAUUUAUUUAGCCCGGCGGAGAUACUACUUUCGUUCCUGCUUGAACGCAAGCAGUCGCCUACCGACGCAGUGGCUGAUGCGGACAGCUGGGUUGCUAAAGCCCGCAAAGAAAGGGGAAAGCCGGAGAAUUAUGUUAGGGCACGCGCAAUUGCCAAUCCCACUGACUCUUUCGAUCUUGCAGAGAGUUCCCAGGCUCACAACGCUUGA